AUGGCAACUAAGGAAGAAGUAAAGGUCAUAAGUGCCAAGGUAAUUGGAGUUGAGGAGGAUUUUACUCACAAAGGAAAAAAGAGAGAACGGUUAUAUGUUGAGAGUGAUGAAGAAGAUAAUAAAGAAGGUAAAAAAGGAGGGUUGUUGGUGUUUUGGUCAGCUCACAUCACUGUUUUGGAUUAUGUUCUUAAGGAGUUUUGCAUUCAACUUCAUUGCAGAUGGGAAGGCUUAUCCGAACCCUUUUGGCUAAUUUUUGUCUAUGCCAAUACAGAGAGCAUUAUAAGGUCUUUGCAAUGGAUGGAUCUCAUUAAAGACAAGGAUCAGUGGGGCAGCUUUGGUGGAUGGGAGGAGAAUUCAAUGAUUUAA